UGUGGCAGUUGGACUGCGAAGCAAGCAAAGAUUAGCAAUUUGCACCACACAUAUUAUAUAUAUAUAAUGGCUACACAUCAACAACAAAAACCUCUUCUUCUACAUAACCAUCAUCAAAAUAAAAAAUCACUGUUGUUGAUCUUUGAUGGUGUUGUCGCCUCAACAGUUUUCAUUGCUUCAUAUCUCAUCAUCAGAACCACCUCCUUCUCCUCCUUCAGCCUCUCCUCCUCAUCGUCAUCACCUCAUCACCAUGAUGAUCUCUAUCAACAUGCCAUUCACAGAGCAACCUGCUUGGCCCAUGUCUCAGAAAUAGCACAACAAGACCCCAUUUUGGCCACCACAAAAGGCCACAACUUCAAUCUUCUCCAAUCCUUCCUUACGAAGUCCAACUCAGGCAUCCAAGAAGCCAUGGACAUGGCAUCCGCCAUCAAGAUCCGCUUCAACGGUAGUCCAAAGGAGGAAGCAGCUUUACAAGUCUGUGCAGACCUCAUGGACUUGUCCAUUGGUAGAGUUCUUCAAUCAGUGGUGGCUCUCACUAAAAGGAACACUACUCAUUCUCUGCAAGAUGCACACACAUGGCAGAGCAGUGUUCUCACCAACCAUGCCACUUGCUUGGAUGGCUUAGAAGGCUUCUCUGCUCGUGCCAUUAUGGAGCCUCAACUCCGGGACUUAAUAUUUAGGUCGAGGACCUCUCUGGCCGUGCUUGCUGCACUUCUGCCACCGUUAGACAGCGAAAAUCAACAACUCCUUGAGGAGCCACAGAACGGAGAUAUUCCGACAUGGGUGACACGCAACGAUAUGAGGCUUUUGGAGUCUGUGGCUGCUGAUAUAAAGGCUAAUGUUGUGGUGGCCAAGGAUGGAAGCGGCAAUAAGUUCAAGACGAUGGCAGAGGCUGUGGCUUCUGCACCUGACAACAGUAAAACAAGGUACGUAAUCUAUGUGAAGAAGCAGGGAACGUACAAAGAGAAUGUUGAGAUCGGUAAAAAAAAGAAGAACGUCAUGCUUGUUGGUGACAGUAUGGAUAAAACAAUAAUCACAGGGAGCUUGAAUUAUGUGGAUGGAACUCCCACCUUCCAAACUGCCACCAUUGCGGCUGUUGGUGAUGGAUUUAUAGGGCAGGACAUUUGGUUCCAAAACACGGCAGGCCCAGAGAAGCACCAAGUCGUGGCACUCCGUGUGGGCGCUGACACCUCCGUGAUUAACCGGUGCUGCAUUGAUGCGUACCAGGACACUCUCUACGUUCACAGCAACAGGUAGUUCUACCGUGACUCCUUCAUCACCGGCACCAUCGACUUCAUCUUUCGAAUAUAUAAGUUGUGUUACAAAAGUGCAAGCUAGUGACCCGAAAGCCCCUUACCAAGCAGAAGAACAUCGUUACGGCCCAAAGAAGAGUGGACCCUAACCAGAAUACAGGCACUUCAAUUAAGCAAUGUAAGGUGACACCAAGCUCCGAUCUGAAGCCUGUGGUCAAGACUUUCUGGGUCGUCCCUGGAAGAAGUAUUCAAGAACAGUGGUGAUGGAAUCCUUCCUAGACAAUCACAUCGAUCCAGCUGGAUGGGCUGAAUGGAACGCUGAGAGUAAGGACUUUCUAGAAAGUAGAAACACUGUAUUACGGAGAGUACAUGAACAAUGGGCCGGGUGCUGGUACCAGCAAAAGGGUCCAUUGGGCAGGUUACCAUGUGUUCUGACAAGGAUACUCUUUUCUGAGGUAUAGCUCGGUUCUGCUCUUUCUGUCACUACAACGUUUCAGCUCGGAAGCGUAACACCCUUGCGAACUUGAACCCGAGCAUAGUACUUGCAAAAAGGAUUCUAACACUUAAAUCAGUGAAGAAGUACUUAAAAAAUGAGUAUAUAGUCAAUGAGUUGAUGUUUUAUGGUCUGCCUUAUAUUGUCGGUCCUCAACUUGAUUUAUAGUUCGUGUGAGGUUAAAUUAUUCUUCGGUUGGUACCGAGACAACAUACUCCUUGCUCUCUGAAGAAUAAUUUGCCAAAGUUAAAUACUUUUCUAAGAGUUGAUCUCGUACCUGAAAAUGACCAACUACCUGUUGUACUACGAGGAGGGAAUCACAAUAUACCAUUAGAUUUUUUACUUCUAUUUUUUUUGCUAACCGGAGGCCUGCCAAGAGUGCUUUAUAUUCGGCUUGGUUAUCGGUUGCUUGAAAUAAGAAUUUGAUUGAAUGUUUGGCUUGGCCUCCAGUGUCAUCCUUUAGUAGGAUU